AUGGUCAAGUCGGCUCCGGGAAGGAGUUUCCUUGGCCAUGUGAAGUUUGGCUCGUUCCUUUUCGUUUCUUCCUGCAUAAAAGUGUUAGUUAAGCUCAAAGAAGAGUUUUCCAACCGGUUGGCGCGCUAUGCCGUGAUUUGGUUUUGUCGGCCAUAUUGCUUGCGCGCCAUCGGCCAGAAUGAGCUCCUAUUCCACAAGUAUAGGCAGCUCGAUCGAGCUGAGUUGGAUCAAGGCUGGGGAUGGAUCACGUUCUUGGCAAUGGGAGAAAGGAAGGUGAUUACCUGCAGGCAGUUGGAGAUCCUAUUCGGUUUCACUUAUGGGGAGGGAACCCAUUGGGAUAUCAAGGAGGAUGAGCUACAAAGAGUAUGGGCUACAAUUGCUGAGCCAGGAUUCUCAUCUUCAAGAUCCAAGGCUGCUCAGAUAAGAAGUCAUGUGCAUUUGUUUUUUUUCCUCUUGGUUUUUGCCCUCUUGAAUCUUUCACUAAAUUUCUCUCACACAAGGGACUGUGUGAUUUAA